CGCAAGGGCAUCCGGCCUCCUUCGCGGUCGUCACGGAGAGGAUUUCCAACAGAGAAAAGUGGUCAGGUGGAUGCACUUCCUAUGGCUGUUGAAUAAAAUAACAUGCGAUUUUGGGGUGGCUUGAAUUUUGAUACAUAGAAAAAUCUUGCUCUUUGGAAUAUAUAUGUAAUAGAAACAAGAGAAAACAAGUUUAAUAAGAAGUUACAGCCAAGGAUAUAGAGAAAGAACUAGCAUCUUUGAACGUCGCCGAAACAUACUGAGAGACUAAUUCAAGUUAUAGCUUUACACGUAUAAAGCUUCCAAGAAUAAACUCUUAUCCAAAUAACUUUUUAGCUGUACUAAUACCAACUACACCAUUAUCAAUCAAGUCAUCUUCUCGUUGUGAAAAGAAAAGAAAAGAAAAAUAAUGAAUCGACCACGUAACUCCCUGUUAUCAACUGCUUUGCUCUUCAGUGUGUUAUUAUCCACACGAACAGCGCUCAUUGAGACGGCACGCGAGGAAAGACUAGUAAAUGGACCAGAGAAACAGAUCCUUUUCACCACCGCCUUCGAGGAAAGGCCAGCCGAAAGGAUUCCUGACGUGCUUGACGAAGUAUCUCAACGCGAGGAAAUACUAGAGCAGAAUUACGGUGCGUUCAAGGAGAACGGGCAGGGUGUGUACGAACCCGUUGAACAUGCACACAAAAAAACAGGACCCCCCCCUCGCUUUCGUGUGAGGCGUGACGACCUUAGCUCUCCAGCGCCCGAAGCACCUGGCUCCUCUGUCCGUCGUCAGCAGGGAAGACUUACCUGGUUGUAUCAAGUCCCUGGUUAUCAGCACAGUCCACAUCUUUCUAGUAUCCCUCUCCCGAGUGUCCAGAUAUCCGUCCCUUAUAUCUCUGUUAGUGGGAAUAGUGAUAUUAGGACAGGGACUCCUUAUAUUCCUCCUCCAGGAUAUCCUAUAUUGGUUCAGGGUCCUUCCAGACAUCCGGCAUUAAAUCAUUACCCGCACUUCCUUCAAGGACAUCGCCAACACCAUCACGAAGUCAUCUGUGAGAGUGAAGAAGAGUUAGAAGAAUCUGUAGCACCAAAUGUAAGGAGAUCUGGCGUCUCUUCCUCUACCACUACUUUAUCGUCUUCUCCUGUUCUUCCCGUUCCAUCAGUCUCCCCAGCAUCUUUAGUGACCCCGACGUCUCUUUUCCGAUCAGCUUUAUCUCCCUCGGUUCCAGUAUCUUCAUCGGCUCCGUCUUCUGUUUCUUCUUUAUCGUUUUCUCCUUCGUCAUCCGAUUCCUCUUCGUCCUUUUCUGAUCUUCCGUUAUCCGAUUCCACCUCGUUCUCUUCUCCACCUUCCUCCGCUUCCACCUCGUUCUCUUCUCCACCUUCCUCCGCUUCCACCUCGUUCUCUUCUCCACCUUCAUCCGAUUCCACCUCGUUCUCUUCUCCACCUUCAUCCGAUUCUUUCUCUUCUGUUCCGUUGUCCGACUCCCCGAUAUCUUUCUCUCCUCUUUCCUCUCCCUCGCCAUCUCUCCCCACGUCUGUAACUCCGACCAACUCCUCCCUUUCCUCUCUCUCCCACCCGACACAAGAUGACGAAAUCCGCUUUGUCUUCCCUAGCGAUAAAGUCGCCUCUCCCGACAACAUCAUCUACCCUUCUAGCACCGACCGACCGAUAAUUUUCCCGACUCAUUCUCCUGUCUCCAUUACUCAGCCCUCGCCGACUUCCGUACCCGCUAAUAACGUCACCGUGCCUGUGAACGAGACGGAUAUCAGAGUGAGUAUCGUUGCCCCUAGCCGACCUUGCACGAGGAUAUGUGAAUACGCUGCAGCCGAGGGUGUGUGUUUAAGAGACUACUCGUGCCUCAGCAGACUCAAUUCGCUUCGUAUUGGUAAUUCGACUCAACGAAGCACAGAGAAACCCUAAAGAUCGAUUGUUGGUUGAUUGUUAGUGAGUGCCUAUUCGACGAAGGAAAGUAGGGUUUCGUGUCUCGUUUAAUUUCUUUCUCCGCUUAUAACAUGCAGUGGUUGUGUUUACAUAAUGUACUGCAUGAGAGAGAUCCUGUUUUGUUUUUUUUUGACAUCACUGCCAUAAUUUAUCAUAUUUUGCUUUGAGUAACAUUUCCUCUCUCUACCAAUCCUUCAUCUAUGUGUGAACAUGGGAUAACUGGUUUAUCAAGGUUAAACACUGUUUUGUGAUGGAUUUGUAUUAGAAAAUAGCAGGCUAUGAAAUUAUCAACCUCUUGUUUACUGACAAUAACUACACUGAUAUUUACAAAAAAAAAUCAUAAACUUACUGAAAUACGACCAUUCCUAAGAUCAUAAACAGACUUGCAUAGUCCAGUGUGGACAGAAGUGGCAAUUCACAGAAUCAGACAAAGACGAACAUUUGUUGAUAUUUGUGGGUAGACGAUGAAUUCGCAAAAAAUCUUAAACAAAUAAAAGGUUACAUAAGAAAGUGACAUUGGAAUAUGAAAUUAAGAAGAAUGAAGUGACAGAAAGGAGUGGCCAAUUAAACAUAGGAAACAUCUACUGUUAAUCAUAAGAAAAGAGCAUUUGAUAAGUAUCUUUUGAUUAUAUAUGAAAAUUAUACCGAUAUUGGUAGCAAAUAUAACAAGUGUUAUAACAAGUAAACAGGAUACUGAAUGUAAAAUGAGAUAACAGGUGCCUCUGAUUAAAGUGAAUGUUUUAUAAUGGGCAAAUAGAUAACAUGUUUAAAAGAUACAUUUUUUUUUUCUUACAUCAAGAGCAUACUGUACUUGUUCAUGGUUAGCACUAGUGAAUUGAAUUAUGCAUGAGGCCGAUUAUGAUGGAUUAUGUUGCUUCAUCUUUUUUAUGUGUAAACGCUUGGCCCAAUAAAUUUGUUAUACCAA